GCUUCACGAUGGUGAGGUACGCCAAAGAAGCAGAGAAUCCGGCCAAAUCGGUAAAAGCCAGGGGCUUCCAUCUAAGGACACAUUUCAAAACUUCCCGUGAGGUUGCUCAGGCCAUCAAGGGAAUGCAUCUCCGAAAAGCCCAGAAAUAUCUUAAAGAUGUUGUUGGAAAGAAACAGAUCAUCCCAAUGAGGAGGUUUAUGGGAGGUGUUGGACGUCACGCCCAAACCAAAGCUUUUAACACAUCAGGAUCUCUUGGUGCAUGGCCCAAAAAGAGUGCUACUAUUGUACUUGAUCUGUUGAAGAAUGCUGAAUCUAACGCCGAAGUUAAGGGUCUUGAAGUGGAUUCCCUCGUUGUCGAAUACAUCCAAGUGAACAGAGCCCCUCAAAUGCGACGAAGAACGUACCGAGCCCACGGAAGAAUCAACCCCUUCAUGUGCUCUCCCUGUCAUAUCGAGAUGAUCCUUACUGAAACAGAAAGUGUCGUCGCCAAAGAGGACGAUGAUGCUCCUAAGAAGAAGAGCAAGAAGAAGGAGGCCAGAGCCAGAGCAAGAUUGGGAGCUGAAUAAUUUUAUCGUGAUUUUUAUUUAUCAAA